AUGACUAAUAUAUUCAAAUAUUCGACAACAGAACCACAUUUUCAGAGGAUGAGUGACAUCAGUGAAUUACGCAAUCCACGUAGAAAUGCUCGACUAAUGAUUGAAGAUUCAGAAGAUUCAAAAACAUUAGCUCCUAUUAUUGGUUAUGCUCAAGAGCCACUUGUUUCACUCGCUGAAGCAUGUGAACCGUUGGUUUCAGUUGUCAAUCAUAUAUUAGACUAUGUUACGGGUGCUCUGAAAAAUACUCCGGAUAAUCCAACCGAUGGUCUAAGUCGCGAUGAAUCAGCUUCGAUUCGUCUCUACACGAUGGAGUGGACUGACGAAUACAAAAGUCUCUAUUCCAUUCUUAACAAAACUCUCAAGACAGCUGAUCGCGAAGAUUUACGACCAUGGUUAAAAUACCUCAAACUGUUUCUUACUGCUUUAGCCAAAAUAGAAUGUGCGCCUGCUCAGACUGUCUGGCGUGGAGUGCGAAAAAACAUUAGUGAUGAAUAUCCACCUGCAAGUCAAGUGAUAUGGUGGGCUUUUUCAUCGUGCACAACAUCACUUCCUGUGUUAGAAAACGAUCUCUAUUUAGGGAGCAAGGGUGAGAGAACUCUCUUUUCCAUUGAACUGUUCAACGGCAGAAGCAUACGUGCUCAUUCCGAUUUUGACACCGAAGAUGAAAUUUUAAUGUUACCAGGAACAUGCAUGGAAGUGCAAUCACAAUUUGUUCCUGCAUCUGAUCUUCAUAUCAUUCAUUUAAAACAGAAGAUACCGGAGGAAAUAUUACUCGAACCUCCAUUUGAAGGUAUUCUCAACUUCUACAAUGUUUUGUUUUGA